CCAAAACAAAGAGCAUAAGCGUACCAGUGAAUUGAGCAUGGAAUCUAGUUAGUGAAAAGAAAAUUUUAAUUUUGGCCACCACUGUUUUAAAUCAACUUUGUUUCGAUCUCUUGUAUAUUUCCGCAAGUAGUUUUGUGCCGAUCGAUUAGGUGUAAACAUGUCACGAAUUUUGCGGUCUUCAAUAAAACAACUGGGUGAGAUAAAAAAAGGACUUCAACUCCAAAGAUCUCAUAACCAGUUGCAUACCACCAGGAAUAUCGCUUGCAUAUCUGCACUGCCGGAGACUCAUCAAAUGCUACAGAAAACAUGCCGCGACUUCUCCAACACUGAACUGGUACCUAAUGCUGGAAAAUUCGACCGAGAAAAAUUGUAUCCAGACGAACAGAUAAAAAAGAUGGGUGAAUUAGGUGUAAUGGCCAUAGCAAUUCCAGAGGAAUAUGGUGGUCCUGGACUAGACUAUAUGGCAUAUGCCAUUGCUAUGGAAGAAAUUUGCCGCGGUUCUGCAUCUGCUGGUCUUAUAAUGGCCGUUAAUAACCUCUAUCUUGGCGCCAUUCUUGCAUUCGGAAAUGAGCAACAAAAGAAGGAAUUUAUUCUCCCUUAUACCACGGGAGAGAAUAUAGCAUGCUUUGCCUUGUCGGAACCAGCAAAUGGAUCUGAUGCUGGUGCUGCCUCAACGACUGCCGUUAAGAAAGGUGACCAUUUCAUUUUGAACGGCACUAAAUGUUGGAUUACGAAUGGCUAUCAGGCUAAGAUUGGUCUUGUCUUUGCCACAACCGAUAAGUCGCUUAAGCACAAAGGUAUAACAGCCUUUAUUGUACCCAUGGAUACCGAGGGAAUAUCGUUGGGAAAGAAAGAAGACAAACUGGGUAUGCGUGGUUCAACAACAUGCCAGGUUAUUUUUGAAGAUUGCCUCGUGCCUAAGCAAAAUGUAUUGGGGCAACCUGGCUAUGGUUUCAAAAUUGCGAUGAAAUCAUUGGAUGGCGGGCGCAUUGGAGUGGCGGGUCAAGCUUUAGGCAUCGCCCAAGCUUCGUUAGAAUUGGCCGUUGAUUAUUCUCAGAAACGAAUGGCAUUUGGAAAGCCUAUCUCAAAGUUACAGGCUAUACAACAAAAAAUUGCAGAUAUGGCAAUAAAAAUUGAAUCGGCACGUUUACUGGCUUGGCGGGCCGCCUGGCUAAAGGACAACCAUCAUCCGUUUACAAAAGAAGCAUCUAUGGCCAAAUUAGCUGCCUCGGAAGCAGCUACCUGGUGUAGUCAUCAAUGCAUACAAAUAUUGGGCGGUAUGGGCUAUGUGAGUGAUAUGCCCGCUGAACGCUAUUACCGAGAUGCAAGGGUUACAGAAAUUUACGAAGGCACUUCGGAGAUCCAACGUUUAGUCAUAUCUUCAGCAAUACUCAAAGAAUAUGUGGUUUAAAUGGGUUUAACAUUAAGAGGGACAGUUUGUUUUAGAAGCCUAAGGACUAAUAUCUGGUCAGACCAGCAAUAUUCCUUGAUACGCAACUGAUAUAUCAAUCGAAUGCAUUUGCCUUUGAAUAUAAAUAUUUUUAAAUUUCUUGUUAAGUAGACAUACACACUUUUUUACGAUAAAUAUAAAUGGGAAAUCACCAAAUGAUUUAAAAUAUGGAGAAACCCCCUUUAUUUCUUUAUCACUGAUAUACAAGGUGGAUUAAUAAAGAUGAUCUCACGCUAACAACUGAA